UGUGGCCUGUGGGUGGCGCCUCUGCUUCAGUCACCGCUCCCACACGUCAGCCGGACGUGCCCACCUCACCCGCCGCCGGCUCGCUCCCUUCCUUCCUUCCACGGCCUUGGCAUCACGCCACAGGGUGCGUGAGUGCGUCGCGCCCCGGGGGCGGCGGGGGGACCCGCGCAGUACGCGACGGAACGAGGCGCCGACCGAGCCAGCGCCCCCCAGAACCACCCGUCCGCACGCGAGCGAAAACGCACGGCGCGGUGCCGAGUCCCCAACCCCACGAUCCGAUCGGCAAAUCCCCCCACCAGUUCCCCACAGAUCCCGGCGCCCCCCACCGGGCACAGCGCUCGCGCCUCCUUCCUUCCCUCCCUCCCGAACUCGCACCGGAAUUGGUGGCGAAUUACUCGGCCCCGAGCCGUUUCCGUUCCGGACCCUUGCGAUGGCCGAGUGCCGCAGCCUCAUCGAGUUCCUCCGCGCGUUCGAGCACCACCGCAGGGCGGCGGACAGCUCUGCCUCCGCCUGCUCCCGAUCCAAGCGGGUUUCCUCGCCCAGGCCCACCACCGGCUCCCUCUGCGACAACUCCCCGAUGGCCGCGGUCGACGCGCUCGUGCUCCUCGCCGUCCUCGCCGCGCUCGGCUUUCUCGUCAUCCCGUACGUGAAGCUGCUGCUCCUCGAAAUGGGCACGUUGCUCCACCCCGCCGCGUCGUGCCUCUCGGCCGCCGCCUUCUUCGGGGCCGCGGUCGCCGUGGCCGCGGCGAUCGUCGCGUGGGAGCUGCUGGGCCACCACGCGCGCAAGUGCGGGAAGCCGAGGUGUAGGGGCCUGAAGAAGGCCGUGGAGUUCGACAUCCAGCUCGAGACGGAGGAGUGCGUUCGCGGCCGCCCCUUGCCCGCGGCGCGAUCGGCGCUACUCGCGGCGGCGGGGGCGCGCCCCGUGGAGCUCGGGGACGAGCACCGGGAGCUGGAGGCCGAGCUCCGCAAGAUGGCGCCGCCCAACGGCCGCACCGUCCUCAUUUUCCGCGCGCCAUGCGGCUGCCCCAAGAGCCGCAUAGAGGUCUGGGGCGCCAAGAAGGUGCGCCGGAUCAAGAAGUGAAAUGGGAGAAGGAUCAGAUGGUUACUAGUUACUAGUCCACUGCUGUUCCUUCCUAAUAAGUAGCUAGAAAAAUAUAUAAUUUACGCCCUUAGUAAUAAGUAUAGGGAGAGGAAAUAAAUGGAUGAUACAACUAGUUAUAUCACAGAUAGAUUAUAGACAUACUCCUUGUAUUAUGAUCCACUGGGGAUUUCGGACAUAAAUAUAUGCUAUUUACUUGUUCA